AUGGAUUUGCCAAACUUCAGUAAAAAUUUGAUAAACUACUCGUCGAACGAAUCCGAUUAUUAUUUUCCAGGCAGCUACGUCGCCGCGGGAACAAAUGCAACGUUGCAAGUGACAGCGAUUGUUGGUGUUUGGAGGGUUUUCAUCGGGGCUCACACGGAUUUUGUUUCGAAACUUCCGUUGAAGCGUUGGCCGAAAGCAAUCAGGAAGAUAAUAAUUUUGUCUGUUGGUCUGUACGACAUAUCUUCAUAUUUCGGAGGCAGUGUGGUGUUUGUGAGUCCCAGUGGAAUAAGUCGCAUAGAAGCUCUACUUUCAAAUGUUGUUUCGUCUCCCAGGUACGAUUCUCAGAACAGUUUAAUUAAAGACUCGUGGAAUGCAAGCAGGAACUCUGCAGGACUGUGGGCGGAUAUAUCAGGCAAGUACAUAACAUUCACGUUGCCAUCCUCCAGCGUAAGAAACCUGCAAGACCCAGGUCCUGUCACGCAGUUGUACGACACUCUACUCCAGCACUACCACAAUUUAAGAGGAACGGACAUCGACAGGCAGAGGAAGAUGUGGGUAGUUACCGACAAACAAACAUCAAACGGCGCCAUGCAUGCAGGCUAUCCAAUCGUAACCCACUUGGAUGUCUCGAAUCCGAGAAGUGAUAGAUUCCUACUGAACGAAUCGGGAUUGAGGAGGGAUACUUGGAAAUUUUGGGGUAUCUUCCACGAAUUGGGCCACAACAUGCAGCUGAGUGAAUGGACGUUUGAUGGCACUGGGGAGGUCACGUGCAACAUAUUUGCACUUUACGGCGUGGAAAAGAUUGGCGGCAUCGAUCUCUGGAGGAAUCCUUGGUUGAAUAAUUUCGUCGCCAGAGCAGUUGAUUACAUCAACAAAGGUGCGAAUUUCAAUGUUUGGAAGGGCAAUCCUGGAAUAGCAUUGAUAAUCUACGCUCAGCUGGUAGAAGCUUUCAACUGGACAACAUACAAACAAGUUUUCCGUCAUUAUCAAAAUUUAUCCGCCUCAGAAAGGCCCAAAAACAAUCAGGAAAAAAUUGAUAAAUGGUUUUUUAUUUUUUCCCAAAAGUGUAAUUUUAAUUUAGCUCCACUGGCCAGAUAUUGGGGCAUACCUCUAUCUGAAGGGGCUGUUGGAAAGUUGAAUGACUUGAGGUUGGAAAAUUUUCUACCUGAUGAUAAAUUAACGAGCCAAACACCCGCCAGAGUUAGAAUGGUUGCGAGAUUCUUUCCGAAUUUGAGAAAUCAAACUGGUGGCUAA